AUGAUAGCUGUACCUGUAUUGGACAAACCCGCAUUACGACAAACCACGCUUGCUGACUCGUCGCUCCAUCCAUCUCCACAAAUUGUGCCGAAAAUGGACAAAGAGUUGCUAGUGAUGAGAACUCGGCCAUCAGCGGGGCGCGGGGGUAAGCGGGCGCGUAGAAAGCCGGAUAUCAGCAUGGGAUGGCAUGGAUGUUUGAUAAUACCUGUGACCAUUACAAUACUACAGUGUAUUGUAGUCAGAACACAGACUUCGGUGUUUGAUAUUGCGUGUGAUUUCGAGACAAAUCUAUGUGGUUGGACUCAUGAGAACUUAUCACGUACUGAGUUUCCUAGUAUUCUCAGUGACAGAAGUGGACCCAGACAUGCUCAAAGCGGCAAUUUCUAUGUUUACCUGGAUACCUCGUCAAAAGGGGUCGGGGAUGAUUAUACUGCAACCCUCGACACUGGUAACAUAACAGUACCUGCUUCGACCAAUAGCCUAUGUCUACGCUUCUGGUAUCACAUGUUCGGAGAAACGAUGGGAGAUCUGAAUGUUCUUGUAGACAAUAAUGUUGUGUGGAAAAAAAGUGGAAAUCAAAGUGAUGUAUGGCAUUGUGCUGCAGUCGAUAUAACAUCACUUCGAUUCAAGAUAUCGUUUGAAGCCGUCAUGGGAUAUGACAUAUACAGCAUAAUUGCCCUGGACAAUAUCCAAGUCCUGCAUACAGAAUGCUUGCAAGAAAAUUGUGAGAACCUUCACUUAUCAACGACCGAAGUGCCUAAGUAUACAUCCCUAUCAACAACGUUGCCAACCACAUCGGGACAAUCUGUUGUCAGCGCCACUACAGCCACAACAAAAAUAGACCUGAACGAGUACAUACCAUACAUAAUCGGUGUACCUGCAGCAAUAUUGGUUGUAGGAGCAAUUAUUCUCAUCGUUUGUCUGAGGAAUAAAAAGUUGACAAAGCGUCCAGAUCCAAUGAUAGUGCCGCCGGAAGUCCGUAAUAGAUACGAUGUAUUCCCACAUGACCCAUACGACACAGUCAAUGAUACGACGGUAGAAGAAUAUGAUUAUCUUGACGAGACUAAAAUGGUAAGACAGGAUUCCCUAAAUGUUCCGAAUGGGGAGGCCAAUAAUCCGUACAAUGAACCUGACAUUACUCCAUCAGCUGGUCACAAUGGUGAUAAAGAUUACGAUUAUGAACAACCAAUUCGACGAAACGAACAGGAUUACUUAAAUCCAACGAGUGAGCAAUUGGAUAACAACUACAUCACUCCCAUCAAUCAUACUGAUGCUCCUCGAAGAAUGUCUUCCGACACGACAUCAAGUGGUCAAGUUGAUAUGAGCAUGCGUCCGGCAAGUGACACUUCUGUCCCCGAAGUAGACCAUUUUGAUUAUGUGGUGGUAACACCAGGGAAAAGGGAAAAUUGA